AGGCGCAGUUCAGAUUAAUAAUGCAUUGUGGGAUUGGACGCUAUUGACAUAGCGACAGGAGAGCUGGUAGAGAAACAGUCUUUUUCCUAUUUUUUUAUCAAUAGUUUUGGGGAAAUUAUCAUUCCAACAACUGCUAUGAACGCGUCAAUGGCCAAAAAGACCCAAGACACUUUGGGGAAAGUGAUAAAGAAACCGCCGCUUACUGAAAAACUGCUCACCAAACCGCCGUUUCGAUACCUGCACGACAUAUUCAGUGAGGUGAUCCGGACCACUGGCUUCAUGAAGGGACUCUAUGUAGAGUCAGAGAUGAAGUCAGACAAUGUGAAGGAUAAGGAUGCUAAGAUGGCGUUCCUGCAGAAGGCCAUGGACGUGGUAAUGCUGGUGAGCGGCGAGCCCCUGUCGGCCAAGCCGGCACGCAUCGUAGCCGGCCACGAGCCCGAGAAGACCAAUGAGCUGCUGCAGGCUAUAGCCAAGUGCUGCCUCAACAAGCUGUCCAGUGAGGAGGCAGUGAAGCGGGUGCUGGCGGGGGACAAGCUGGACCCCAAAGGGAAGGCCAGCACCUCCCGUUCCCAGGAUAAGGAGAACCGGGAGGGACGAGAGCGCCACAGAGACCGAGAGGAGAGGAAGGAGAUACGAGAGCACAGCGUCGGUGGAGGCCGGGAGAAGAAGGACCCGGACCAGCCCAAAGAGCAGGAGGACAGGCGAGGCAACAAGGAGAAGGAGCCCCACCCCAAGGGAGAGCGGUCGGAGAAGGCCCGCGAACGAGACCGGACCAAAGACCGCGACAAGGACAAGAGCCGGGACCGAGAGAGGGACAAAGACAAGAGAAGAGAGAAAGACGGGGAACGAGACAAGGAGAGGGAGAAGGACAGAGGCGGAGAGAAGAGCAAAGACAAGGAGACACACAGAGCGAGAGACCGAAAUAGGGAGGAAGAUGGAGACAGGGAUAAACGGCGAGAGAAGGGAGAAAGGGAGAAGGCGAGAGAGACCAGACACAAACAGGGGGAGGAGAAGACCAAAGUGCCAGAGAAAGGGGACAAAAAGGCCAGAGCGUCAGAGGAGUCAAAACACCGACCACAUCCAGAGGAGCCCAGUAAAACGACCAAACCUGAACCAGCGGCCGCAGAAGUCACAGACAAGCAGUCUGACAGUCCAGCCAGAAUACCCCGGCCUUCAUCUGCUAAGGGGCAGAGGCGCAUGCCCAAAGCAGGAGCCCAACAAGAGUCUGACGGUGAAGGAGAUGGAGACACUCCGUUGGCAGAGAGGCCGGUCCCCCUGGAGAACGGCGAUGCCACAGACGCAGUGCCAGCCCACAUGGCCCACAGCAACCGAAGGAUACCUCGGCCCAACAGCGCACGGCCCGCCCCUCCUCGGUUCAAGAGGCAGGAGAGCUAUGCUGACGUGACCCCGGCCGAACGGCUGACCAGUGCCAAGCCCCCGGCGGCUGUCAUAAUGGAGGGGAAGAAGCUCUCUGAGGAUGAAGAGGAGGAUGAAGAUGAGCAGUUUGUGGUUCAGGAGGCUGCUCCUCCUCCCCCCGACAUGCCCGACAUGGAGAUGGAUCCUUCAGUGGGACUUCAAGGCGAUGAGAAGCAUGGUGGGCUGGUGAAAAAAAUCCUUGAAACCAAGAAAGACUUUGAAACAUCACCAUCAUCUCCAAAGUCCAAAGACCAGACACAAAGCCUGGUGUCGGAGGCGGCCAGGAAGAAGGAGAGGGAGCUGGUGUCCAGGGAGAUCGAACGGCUGCGUUCGUCCAUCCAGACGGUGUGCCGCAGCGCCCUUCCCCUGGGCAAGAUCAUGGACUAUAUCCAGGAGGACAUGGACGCCAUGCAGAACGAGCUGCACACCUGGAGGAGGGAGAACAAGGAGCAUGCGCAGGCCCUGCUGCAGGAACAGAGAGUGACGGACAACGCCGUGGAGCCUCUGAAGGCCGAGCUAGCCGAGCUGGAGCAGCUAAUCAAGGAGCAGCAGGACAAGAUCUGCGCUGUCAAGUCCAACGUCCUGAAGAACGAGGAUAAGAUCCAGAAGAUGGUGACCAGCAUCAACUUCUCCUCGCGAACAUGAGGAGGAGCCAAGGUCCAAAUAAAGGGGUUCAUGGUAACAGUUGGACAAGAGGAGGGAAAAACCUCUCGUUCUCUCAAACAGAGUCGGUGAACAUGAAAGUUCAUUCAGGAGAAACGACAGGGAUUAUCCAGUCACAGUACAUUUUAAUGAACGUAUGACAUUUCUACCUUUUUUUGAUUUUGUGGCAUAGAGAAAGUUAAGAUAUCAGACAGGGGAGGUGAUAUUAAUAACACUCUGAGUAAAAGAGGAUGUUUUUGGAUUUUCACCCUUAAGGUCUUAAUAUUGUGAAUUUGAAUAUGAAUUAUGCCCCUAUUUCAGAUUACUCCGAUUGUUUUUCUUGAAAUGUACCCAAUGAUUUAUCGAAACUAGCUCGGUAGGUCGAUGUCCUCGUUGUUGUGGUUUUACAGACAUGUUCAAUACGGCUUAUUUACACACUUUAUUCUAAUAUUUAUGAAAUGCAUAUUGUUAAAUUUGGUAGCACUUAUUUGUUUUUCCUUCCCCUCCAACCCCUUUCAAUGUGUGGAACGGAUGUGGGUGGGGCUAGAUUUACAUAAGGGUAAAAAAAAAAAAUGUAAACUCACAAAAGCUCUGACGAAGACCGUGAGGCUGAUACGUAAGCUUAUUAAAGAUCAGUGAUACUAUCAAGAGCAGUGUGCAAUCUAAAGUGUUACUAAAAUAAUAUACUGUACAAGGAAUUGUUUUUACUGGAUGUCCUGUAAAGCAAGGGCCCAUUUCUGAACUCUUGUUUCUUUAAAUUAGUUAUUUCCAUAUAUUUUUAAGAUGUGACUGUUUUACGCUAAACUGUACCAUUCCCACAGUUGCUCUUUUAACUGUAUAUUAUGUCUAUCAUAGUUCACAAAUUAGUAUAAUUUUGUAGUGAAGUGAAAUAAAUGGUACAUUUUAAAUAAAA